AUGGAAAACAGCGAAACACAAAGAAGUAUAAGAUCAAAGGUUUGUAAAAUAAAAAAAUUUGUCCAGGAUUUAUUGUCAAGGAGCAACGAAAUAGAAAAGUCUUCUAUAGAAGUACUUAUGCAAAAUCUAAUUGUUUUAGAGUAUCUUGUAGGGUCUCAGCAAGGCUCGAACCAGGACGAAGUUGACUCACUCCAAAAAAGUUUCGAAAAUUUUAAAUCAGAAACCAAAGAGCGAGAAAAACAGCUAAAACUCCAAGUAGACCAUUAUAAGCACAAGUUGGAAACAGAAAAAGACCAAUAUCGAAAAAGGAUAACUGAAUUUGAAACCAAAAUCGGAGCUGCUAACAGCAGAAAAAGUGAAAAUCUUGCUAGAAAAUCUACUCAACAUAAUUUAGCGAUUUCCAGCAUUGAAGAAGUGUUCCGUUCAAAGUCCUUUGAAGAAGAAAAGCACCAAAUUGAAAAUGCAGAAGCAAGCCAAGACAGCCCAUUCCCUAUAAUCUCUCAAGAAUUAAUUUCAAAUGAGCAGCUAAUGCUAAAUUUCAAUGAAGAAAAAUUUGCAGCAAUUUCUGAAGAAAAAGACGCAAUUCGAGCCCUGCUCAAUGAGUCAAGAGUAAAAAUAUCUAAAUUAGAAGAAGAAAAUUACACGUUAACUACAAAAUAUGAUGAAUUUCGGCUGAGGAAUUUUGAUUUAAAGCAUAAAAUAGAAUCGUCUAACGCUGAGCUUGCAAAGCUGAAAGCCGAUUUUGAAGAUUAUAAAAAAUCAAGUGAGUAUAGAGAAAAACAUUGGCAGGCACAAGUUGAGAAAAAAUCGCAUCAGUUUGAGACAGUGAUGAGUAAAAUGCAAAGCUUAAAUCAAAGGUUGGCAUUUACAAAGCAAGAGCUUGACGAUGCUCAAAAAGUUUUGACUGAAAGGAUGAAAGAAAUUGACACAGAGAAAAAUUUAAAAGAAAAGGUGACUAAUGAAUUAGUUGUAGGAAAUAAAAAAAUUGUUGAGCUUAAAGACUCAAUUACAGAUUUAUGCUUAAAAUUUAGGGACGAGCAGCGUGAAGCUGAAAAAAUGCAAAAAGAUUUAGUUCACAAAUUGACUACUGAGCACAGUCUAGAAAUAUCUAAUUUAACAAAAAAUUAUUCUGAGGAAAUUGAAAAAAUCAAAGCAGUCACUGAAGAGCGAAUUAAUGAGAUUAAAGAUAGAGCAAGAAGCAAUGAAGAAAAUAUGAAAAAUUAUUUUAAACAAAGAAUUGAAGACUAUAGAAAAUGGUAUGAUAAAGCCUUGGCUGAAAAAUCUGAAGAAUUAAGCCAAGAAGAAAAAUUCCAUUAUUCACAGAAGGUGAGUUUAAGCAAAGAAGUAUCAAUUUUAAAGCAGAAAAUUGAAAACUUAGAAAAUGAAAAUUCGGCUUUGAAUUAUAAAUGCCAGGAUAGAGAAAAGCUAUGCAAAUCAAUUGAAAGCGAAUAUUUAGAACUAAAAGAAAAAUAUAGUGAGCUGAAAGAAAACGAGGCACAAUUUAGAUUUAAAAAUCAGUCUAUUAUUGCGAAAACUACUGAAAAAAUAACAUCAAUUCAAGCAGAAGUAGAAGAAAGGAUUCAGCAUGAAUUAAGCAAAGCUAAAUCUGCUUAUAAAGCUAAGUCUAAAAUAUUGAAAGAAAAAUGCAAAGAAAGAAUUGAAAGCCUUGCUCAACGGCAUAAUGAUGAUAUCAAAAAACUGCAGGAUAUUUAUAAAGCUGAAAAAAAUACAUUAUUUAGUAUAAUUGUAGGCAAGGAAAAAGAAAUGGUUGCGAAAGAAAUAGAAUGCGAAAAUAAAUGCCAGGAAAUAUUGAAAGAAGCUGAAAUUAAAAAAGAAAAAUCUAUAAGAAACCUAAAAGAAAAGAUGAGAAAAAAGAAAGAGAAGCUAAAAGAAGAAAAAAAAGAACUGGAAGAGAUAAUUAAAAAGAAAACUGAAGAAAUAUCACUUAUUAGUGGAAAAGAAUCACAAAAGGUAAUCCAAGAAUUAUCAGAAAUACAUGCCAAAGAAAUCAAAAGGAUUCUUGAAGAUAGUAAAAGGGAGCUAGAAAUGAAAGAAGAGCUCUAUAAAAAGAAUGAAAAUCUGAUAAGGUCAGCCUAUGACUCUCAAGUUGAGGAGUUAAGAAACCUGCUUGAGUCGUUAAAUAUUGAGUCUCACUCAAAAGAAAUAAAACUGUUAGAGCACGAAAACCACUCAAAAAAAGAAAUAGAAAAUAUGUUUAGUGACUUAAAAGUGGCAAACUAUCAGAACUCAGAACUAAAAGCAAAAAUUAUUGAACUAAAUUCUGAAAUUCACUCUCUAAAAUACCCUGAAAUAAAAACCACUGAAAAAUUCAUUCAAACAGACCCAGAGCCUGAAAAAUGUGAAAGCGAAGUCCUAAAACGGCAAAGAGCAGUCAUAAAUAAAUGCCAGUCAAAAAUAGAAUACCUUGAAAACUCAAUGCAAAAAAUGACUCAGACAAUGCAAGCAAAUUACGACAAGUCAAGAGAAAAAUGCUCUAUUUUGUCAGCGCAGCUAAAACAAAAAGAAUCAGAAUUAAGCGAAAUCCAGAAUUUCCAAAAAGAGGCUUUAAAGAAAGACGAAAUUAUAGCCAAGCUUGAAAAAGAACUAAAAAGCAUGAGAAAGCAGCUGAUGAGUCAUGAAAAUGAUUUAAAUUUUUUAUUUUCAUCUGCAAACACAUCAGCUUCCAGCAAAAGCCGGACAUCUUCAUAUGGAGCUGGUCGGCCACAAACUCCAAAAGUAGUCCAAAGGCGUAAAACAACAAUUUCUAGAAAUUUUUCCCCAGCAAAUAAAUUAUCAUUAACAUUAACAUCCUUUGAUUAG